AUGUCACAGCAUCACAGCUUUCACUCAAGCCCCAAACACUCCACAUUCCCUCGCCUGUCGUCCUCCACCACGCAUAUCCCACGCUCCACCACUACCCUCACCGUCCCCUCCUCAAACUCCAUUUCCAACCAAAAACACUUCACAAUGGGCAACUGUCUCGCGUCCCUCUGCCCGCGCGUCGAAAUCUCCAAAGACCCCGCCACCCGCAAAGUCAGCGUCAAGCUGCAGCAGCACGGCGACGAGAAAUCGCCCGCGACCGCUAAAGUACUACCGACUCCGGAGCGCAUCGGGGACCGCACGCUAGGCGACCCGGAGGAGCGACCAGGUUCUGCAAGGAAGACGGAUGCGGCGAACGCAGAAGAUGCGGCUGUCGCAGAGAAUGGGAAUGUGACUAGGAGUGGGGAGGUUGAGAGACCGCCAGUGAACUGGAGGGAGGCUGCUGCUAGGGCUGCGGAGGCAAGGGCCGAGGCGCGCGAACAGCAGGCAGGUUCGAUGGGCGCGGGGCUGGGUGGACGAGAGCGCAUGACGCUGCAGCAGAUGCUGCAGCAGACGAGGCGUGAGGAGCGGAGGGGCCGCGAGUCGGAGGUUAGAACGGGUGUUUGAACAAUAAUUCGCAAGAGGUGGGGGAGCAGGAGGGAGCAGGAGGUGGAGGUGAACGAGACCCCCCUUCUGCGACAUGAUCAGUUAGCUCUACAUUACUGUGAUGCUUUCUUUUCUGUAGAAAUGAGCGCGGCUCUGUGAUGAAGCGGGCGGUUGAAGGAACGUUACGAAGGACGCAUGAGAAGGGCU